AUUUCUUACAACACGAGUUUUAGAUGUGCCAACAAUCGCAUUCGCUCAUUUGUUGAUAAAUGCCUUCGAAAUAUAGAAAAAUGCAUUUGGCACUUGCAGCUGCUAUUGUUAAACAGAAAAUACAUCGAAGUUGAGUCAAGUUUAUUGUUUUAUGUUCUAUGCAUUGUAUUGAGAUUACGGAGUGUCGAAAAACAGCUUAGCAUAUUUUUUUACAACGAAGCAACCGCGCAGGCAGGAGUCUAAAUGCCAGGAGACUGCUGAUGCUAUAAGGCUCUUGUAGAUUGUUCCACAAUCUCAACAUCCUAGGGACAAAUUAGCGGUCAGGCGGGUCCGUCUGGCAGGUAGAUCGCGCAGCGGCAUCAUGGAAGAGAGUUCGUUGGUGUAGCGGUAGAAGAGACCUAGAUCGCCGACGGCCCGCCGAUGCGAAAGGGUCCCGAAACUGUCUGUUAGAGAAUAGUCAUCGAUUAGUCUGGACUCCGACCAGCCGAAAUAAACGGCUCUUUGGCAGAACUUGGACAUCGAAGCCGGAUGAGCGCUAGGGCACCUUUUGAUCGUCAACAGUGACCAGUCCCAAUGCCAGUGGCAAACUGAAGCUGUUUCCUGACAAGACUCAUCCCACAUGUCCCUGAAGACUUUGGAUUGUGCUUUUUCAACAUAUACUGAGUGACAAAAAAGGACAAUAUGGUUCGACCUUCUUCAGAUAUUUGGCAAUUAUUUGAUAUUGAAAAAACAAAUAAAAAAUCCAAGGCUGUGUGUAAGUUUUGAUGUUUUAAAUACGUCUUUCCAAACGCAACUCGCAUGACGAAUCAUAUAUUAAACCAAUGUUCAAAAUGUCCUUUGGAAAUUAAACAAAAAUAUUGCAAUGAAAUACAAUCGAAUUCGAAGUCUUCGACGUCAGAAGAAAAAGAAAGUAACAAAGAUAUCCUGCUAGAAGCAUUAGAAGAUACCAGUCUCCCUUCAACUAGCAAAAAGGACACAUCAUCAAUGUCAUCAUCUUCCGAAUCUUCAUUACCAUCAGUAAAACGCAAGAAAGCUAGCUGCCAACAAACAUUGAGCGGGUUUUUCGAUAAGACAGCUGUUUCAGAGUCUUCUAACAUUGAUGAGGCAUUAGCUAGGGCUCUUUAUGCUUCUGGUGCUCCUUUUUCUCUUUUCAAAAACAAAUAUUGGGAACAGGUUUUUAAAAUGUUAAGACCGUCAUACCAAAUACCUAGCCCUUACGCCCUGUCAACAAACUUACUUAAUUCCGAGUAUGAACGUGGACAGAUAAACCGAAGUCAAAAGCUUUCUGAAUUCGAUAGUUUAUCUAUAGUAAUAAAUAUAGUCGGAGAUGGAUUAAUCAAUAUCGUUAUAUGCACGCCUAUACCUUUAUUUUACAAAACUGUUCAUCGUGGCACUGUAAAAGAAACGGGAACGUAUAUAAGUAAUGAACUUAUCAAAGUUAUUCAAGAAAUAGAGCCACAAAAAUUUUUUUUAAUAGUGACUGACAGUGCGAGCAAUAUGAAAGCUGCUUGGAAUAUUAUAAAUACAACAUAUCCUCAUACACCUUGUGUUGGUUGUGCAGCUCACACUCAGAAUUUGCUACUAAAGGACUUUAUGAAAGAAAAUUUGUUUGAAAAAAUAAGUAAAGAGUCUAAGAAAAUUUGUAAAUGUUUUAAACAGCACCACAUACUUUAUGCUGUAUUUAAAGAAGCACAGGCCGAAAAAUACCCAAAAAGUAAAGUAAUUUCCCUCAAGUUACCUGCAAAAACAAGAUGGGGUUCUCUGUUUAUAACUCUUGAUUCGCUUUUAAGAAAUAAGGAAGCUCUGCAAUGUACUGUAUUAGUGAAAAACCUGAAUGUAAAACAAAAUAUUAAAAAAGUUGUAUUGGAUGAUGCGUUCUGGCAAAACCUACAAUAUACUAAACAAAUCCUGUAUCCUAUAUCAAAAUCGGUAAAUUUAGAAGAAUCGGAUAGAUCUAUAUUAUCAGAAGUGCCUUUUGUCUUUAAGUACUCGUAUAUAAAAGACACAAUAUUAGAUAUUCCCCAACAAGUUGACCUGACUAGUUCUCUUAUCGAAGGCUUGCUAAAAUGUGUCGAGGAACGCUACGAAUUUUGUUUUAAGCCGAUUCACUUUGCAGCCAAUAUUCUUGAUGCUCGCUUUAAAGGAGAACAAUUGAAUAAAGACCAACUAAUAGAAGCAAUAGACUUUAUUUCUGAAAUGGUUCGUUCACUAAAUCUAGAUGUAGGCAAGGUGGUGGCAAAUCUAGCCCAAUUUAGAACAAAAACUGGAUUUUUUAGUCGAAAUUCUUUAUGGGACAGUGCGAAUAGUACUCAUCCCGUUAUAUGGUAGCAAGGCUUGUGUACAUCGCAGCCACUUAUGCCAAUUGCCUCUCGAAUUUUAAAUGGACCGCCAUCUUCCGCCUCUUCAGAAAGAAACUGGUCUUUACACGGCCUCAUACAUACAAGCAAAAGAAAUAGAUUAUCACAGGAUAAAAUUCAGAAGCUGGUUGCUAUUCAUUCUAAUUUGGUUAUAAACGAAAAACAGACAUUCAUUUACGAUGCUUGGUCUGAAGAUUCAAACUCAGACUCAGAUGAAAAUAUACCUCUGAGCGCUUUGGUUAAAUAACGUGUUUUCUACCUUUGAAGCUUUGUUUUUGAUACUUUGAAUUAUUAGAUAAUAAUUAUAAUUUGACCCUAUAUACAUGUAAGUAUUUAUAUCUUAGAUAUUAAUA